UUUUAAUUUAGAUUUAAAUAAUUCAACUGUUACAUUCUCAUUGGUCCAUGUGGACAAAUGUAUGGUACCUUAUGAGUACCAUAGAAUCUACCCGAUUAUAAAAGGCGACCCUUAAUAUUAUCGAAUAAUGAACCGUUGUAAUCUUUUAUUUAUCAUUUAAUGACAGUGCAAAUCUCCAUCCUAAUGUUACACGCAACCAAACGGCUCAUCAAUUAAUCGGACAUUUCUUUCUUUCUAAAAUAAAAACAAAAGAAAUCUCUUCUGCAACUCAACAAAUUGUAUUAACUCGAUUUUCUACUCCUCAUCUCACCACCAUCAAACUUCACUAUGCACGGGAACAAUCAUCCUGACCGCCGCAACCGCGAUCCCAGGGGAUUCAUCCCCGUAGCCCCAAGCGCCGCCGUUACCAGCGUUCCUGCGAUGCUUGAGAUAUUUUCCUCUAACCCUAUGUACACCCAACACAGAGGCCCCGUCAAUCUCUUCGUCCCUGACGCCCAAAUGCUUUUCCAUGUCCUCGGAAUCUGCGACCGGAUGAUGAACUCCACUGACCGUUUUACCCGCUCAUUCCCCGGCUGGCUCCCAAUCGUCUCCCACCUUUACAUAGCCGUGCUCUGGAAUUUUAUGAUUCUCAAAGUCGUCCUCAACUCCGGACAUGGCGCUAUGGUUGACCUGCCCCAUUUUCAAAUCGGGGAAUGCAUGAUUCCCGGCCCCCUAGUCCCGUUCUUCCAGUCCCUUGCCGCGGUCAACGGCCCGUUUGACUGGGUUGGUGAUAUUGUCCCUCAUCUGCCUGAUUCUCCAUUUUCUGGAACGCCGUGGGGUUCCAUCUUAAUAGUGACUAUGCCCGCCAAAUCCCUGUCCCAGCCAUUAUCCUCGACCAGCUCUAUCACUUCGCCACCUGGCAGUUCCCCGAGGAUAAAACUAUAUUCGACAACUUCGAAUGGUAUGGGAACAUUUUCUCAGAAGAUAUUCAUUCUCAUAAUUCCCUGAAUCGAAUGGGUCCACAACUUUGCGGGUCACUAUGGACCUCGAGUGAACAACUCGAGGCCGCACCAAGUAGGGUUAAAAAACCUCCCACUACAUCUAAACAUAACUUCCAUGCAUACAUACGUGAAAACAAAAAAAAAAUAAACUAAUUACAUCAAGAGAAAGAAUAACAAAAUAGAAACGAGUUUAUAAAACUAAUAUUCACCUCCUU